AGCCAUGAAGAACGUGGCGGUGAUACUGGUGCUAUUUGUAAGCUGCAUAGCGUUAAUCAAUUCUUCACCGCUUCCUGGUGUUGGUGACAACAGAGUUGCCCCGACCAAGAGCAAAGAUACCAAAGACACGCCUGCUGUCGUGUCAGCUCGUCAGUCUGGCGGAACUGCAGCCGAUGACGACGAUGAUGAUGAUGAUGAUGAUGACGAUGAUGACGAACUGCCCGACCCAACAGCACUAGCACCAGUUGUCCCAGCGGCUGUUCAAGCAGACUUAAAUGCAGCCGAGGAAAGCGCGGCACUUGCAGAAAACUCAGCAGAUUCACUUCAACAGCCAUCGGAUGUCGCUGCAACGUACGAUGAAACAGGGGAAGAACCGGAUGUGCUACCAGAAGGCCAAGCGGCAUCAACUAUUGAAGGUGCCUUCGAACCCGGGACCCCUGGUGAUGUGUCGGCGAUCUACGUCUCCAAGUACAAUAAAUUUGUUGACAAUAUUCUUGGAAGGAUUAACAAAAUUCUCAAGGAAAAUUAUGAUCCCGUGACGGUCAAGCUCACCAAUCCAACUCCUUCUAAUAAAACUAACAAGACUAAGAAGAAGAAAAAGAAGACUACUAACAGCAAAACUAGGAAAAGUAAAGGAGAGACUGUCGAGGCGACUUUUGUUGAUUCAAAUAUUAUUGGGUCAACGACUGCGCCAGAAAUAGAAGAAGUAAUGACAACCGAGACCACACCUUUGAUUAACACUCCCAACGAACAACAAACAAGCAGUCGAGGAUCAAUCGUUAAAGACAGCAAGAAAAAGUCUAGCUCGAGUAAAAAUAAAACAAAAUCCAAGGCUGGCGUCAAAGGAACAUCCAGCAAAAACAAACUAAAACAAAGUAAACCAAAGCAGAAAUCUCGGGCCCGAGCAACUCUGUACGGAUUGUCAUCACUCAAAAGAGCUGGGGACGUGUCUGUUAAUAUGAUGAGCGACCACACUACAAUUAGGACUAAAUUCAAUUUGGGACCACUGGUAUUGAAAGUUGAAAAAGAGUUCGGGAGAGCCGCUAAAAAAGAAUUAAGAAGCGCUACUGCGACUACCGCUGAGAUGUCAGGAAAAUUGAGUCUACGUGUGCUGAAUGGCGGAGCGGCGACUCUGCAUUCCAUUCGUGUUCUUCAACCCAAGCAGGUACGCGUUGACAGUCCAGAUGAUCACGACCGUACCCGCGAAUUUGUCUGGCGAAGAUCAUCGCACAUCGCGCACUUAGUCUCGCAGAAACUUUCAUCUGCAACCCGAUUAAAAACCACCAAAAUGGUAAAUAGUGUAUCAUUAAUCCGACAAUUGUCUGCUAAAGUAAUGACAGAAGGUGAAUUAAAAGUAAAUAGGAGUAGUAAUACCAAUAAAGAAGUAAGAUUGAGUUAUCUUGAUGGUAAAGACAAUGGAAUAGCGGUUUUGGGACUUAAUCGUCCUGAGGCAAGAAAUGCCUUCAGCAAAAAUCUAGUGGCCCAAUUGACUGAAGCCGUUGAUAAGAUUCGUAAUGAUGAGAAAGUUCGGGUGCUCAUUAUUCGUAGCCUGGUACCAAAGAUAUUUUCUGCUGGCGCUGAUUUACGGGAGCGGUUUGAAAUGACUGAAGAUCAAGUAGAACAAUUUAUCCAUUCACUUCGUAGUUUUAUGACAAGUGUCGAGACAAUGCCAGCACCUGUUAUUGCGGCUAUUGACGGUGUAGCCUUGGGAGGCGGAUUGGAGCUAGGACUUGCUUCGGAUAUCAGGACUGCUGCUAGUGAAGCCAAAAUGGGCCUUGUUGAGACUAAAUGGGCCAUUUUUCCCGGUGCUGGAGGCACGCUGCGUUUACCGAGGAUUGUUGGACCUGCAAUAGCAAAAGAACUUAUUUAUACUUCGAGAAUUAUUGACGGUGAAGAAGCUAAAAGUAUUGGCUUAGUUAAUCAUGUUGUUAAGCAAAAUAAAACAGGCGAUGCUGCUUACCAUUCGGCUCUUGAUAUUGCUAGAGAAAUUUUACCCAAUGGACCUAUUGGUGUUAGAUUGGCGAAAGUUGCGAUAUCGCAAGGAAUAGAAGUGCCUAUCGAAGAUGGAUUUAAAAUAGAGAAAAAGUAUUACAGUGAACUACUGAAAACGCAAGAUAGAAUCGAAGGACUGGCGGCAUUCUCAGCUAAACGUGUUCCCAUUUACCGAGGAAUG